AUGACUUUUUCCCGGACUUUCGAGGAGCGAUGCGGGGGGGCGCAAAAGGCGAACGACUGGAGCAGCGCGCUGGAGAGCCCAAGAGAAACGCUUGAUGCAGGCCGCAACGGGCCGGACCGCGCCAAGGAUAGCCGCAUUUCUUCCCCAGGAACCGUUCGUCGCAAUGCUCAAUCACACAACCCCCUCACCCGGCCUCCGGAGAAGCGCUUCGCAGCCCCUACCAACAGGCCGACACCACCGCCGAACUCCCACCUUCCCCCUAACCCAACAAUCGCGCCGCAAACCGCGCCGCUGGCCCUCCGCUUCGUCAAAGGCGCCGUCCAUGGCGCUAUCUUGCUGCCCGUCCUCCUCCACUCGCUUUUCACCGCGCUGGUCGUCUACACCAACUACCACCUCCGCCGCCACCUGGGAUUACCGGGGAGUAUCGUGCCCAGUCUCUCAAUAGUUGUGGGCCUUAUGCUCGUCUUCCGCAACUCGACGAGCUAUGACCGCUUCUGGCAGGGGCGGAACUGUCUCACGACCUGCCUAACCAGCGUGCGGAACCUGACACGCGUCUUCCUCACCAACAGCGGACGGCGGAUCGGCUCCCCCGUCCCCUCCAAAGCCUCGCUGUCCGCACUGCCGAAUGAACAAGCGCGAGAAGAAGCACUAGACGAGAUCGAAGCCGACCGCGCAGACACCGAGAACAUCGUCCGCAUCCUCCUCGCCGUCCUCUACGCCAUAAAGCACAACCUGCGCGCCGAAUGGCAGCCCCCGCUCCCCGUCACCACCACUCUGCCCUCGCCGCCCACUACGCUCCCCACACACCUAACUCACCUCGCCUCCUCAGUUCGGCCUUACCUGACGAUCCACAGCCCCUCCUACACCGCGCUGCUCCCGCCCUCGCUCACCAGCCGCGAGGACUCCGGUCUAAGCCUCCCACUGCAACUCUCCGUGAUAGUGGAGGCGUACGUCCGGCGGGGCGUCGACCGCGGCUGGUUCAACCACCCGCUCGCCUCGCAGCUAAGCGUCCAACUCUCCACCUUGACCACCGCCUUCGGCGCCAUGGAAACGAUCCGCACGACCCCCGUCCCCGUGGCCCAUCUCAUCCACGCGCGGCAGGUUCUCGCGGCCUACGUGUGCAUUUUGCCGUUCAGCCUUGUGCGGGAGACGGGGUGGCUCGCUGUGCCGAUUGUGGCGCUGCUCGCGUUCACACUAUACGGCAUUGAGGAGAUUGGCAGCCAGCUUGAGGAUCCGUUUGGGUACGAUCGGAAUGAUAUCAAGAUGGAUGAGAUUGUGGAGGAUGUUAGGGUGGAGGUGUUGGUGCUGCUUGAGGAGUGGAAGAGGGAGGGGAUGCUGGAUUUGAGCGGGGAGACGGGGUGGCGGAUGUUUUCGUAA